GCUCUAUGUCGGAAGACAAGCUUAGGACUCUUGCUUCUACUUCAAUAUACUUCCUCGUCGCUGCGUCAAAAAUAUGCACUCCAAUAAGCUCGCUGGACCUUCUCACCAGUAUCAUAUCCCACGGAACACCUGCUGGGCUGUUGGAUGCAUUAACGCCUGCACCUUGCUUUCGUUUGACUGACUUGUCACGAUUUGAGCUUAUCCUUGAUUCAUUCGCAUGGCAAUGGGACAGGGGACAGAUGACCGUGAGUCACGACGACGACGGGCUCACAGUCAUGGACAUCCAACUCGGUUCAGGGAGCAAUGACGCGCUUUCAGGACUUAACAGUGGCGGAAGGAAGCGUAAAAGGGUCAAAGAUGAGGAUGCGGAUUCUGCUGCUGGUAGCGGAGACGAUGCCGAGGAUGUUUACGAGGUCAAGAAGCCUAUCUCUGCACUAGGGGGCCUCAGUAAACAGUUUAAAGAGGUCUAUUCCAUCUUGCAGAAGAGUACAGCCAAGGGGCGCCUCCUCGCCGAACAGUUCCGAUCCGUAAACGCAUCCUUUGAACCGAUUUGUGCACAUAUCACCAAAGACGACUGUGUCAAAUCGCGCGCAGCGGGUUCUAACCCACUGCCGGGUAUCUGCGAUCGCGUUCAUUUCCGCCCACUCCUUCGCCCACACACCGAUACUGCCCUUGGACACUGCUCUUACUUGAACACAUGUUAUUCUGAGCCUACAUACGCGCAGUCGCCGUCUAUCCCCCCACUACCCUCCGCGCAGAACCAAUUCAAUGCCCAGUGGCCCAAGCCUCAACUGCCAUCGGGCUUGGGCGCUGGUGGGAGAGGCAAAGAGAAAGCUCCGUGCAGAUACUUGCAUUAUGAAGUCGACUUCGACCCCGGUGACGCAGGUCAAGAAGAGAGGAGGGAAUAUAGAAGGUCGAAAAAGUCCUGCAGAUUGGAGAUCGGGCAGGGACCUAUGGGCAAAGAGAUGUCGGUGCUUCCUCCACAGUGGGUCAAUUGUGAUUUGCGCAGAUUUGAUUACUCUGUGCUGGGUAAAUUCCACGUCAUCAUGGCGGACCCACCAUGGGACAUUCACAUGAGCUUGCCGUACGGAACUAUGACCGACGAUGAGAUGCGCGCAAUGCCCAUUCCCAUGCUCCAAGACGAAGGAUUACUAUUCCUCUGGGUAACGGGGCGUGCGAUGGAGGUAGGCCGCGAAUGCCUCCGUGUAUGGGGUUACACGCGGAUAGAUGAAGUCGUCUGGGUGAAGACCAAUCAACUGCAACGUGUCAUCCGCACUGGACGUACUGGCCAUUGGCUCAAUCACACCAAGGAACAUAUGCUUGUCGGCAUCAAGACACACGUCGAUGCCGAAGGCAACCUCAAAUUUCCCUCGUGGGCAAACCGCGGGCUCGACACGGAUACCAUCGUGUCCGAGGUGCGCGAGACAAGUCGCAAGCCGGACGAAGCAUAUGGGCUCAUCGAGCGGAUGUGCCCUGGCGGUCGCAAGAUCGAGAUUUUUGGUCGGAAACACAACGUACGGCCGGGCUGGCUGACGCUUGGUAAUCAAUUGGGAGGCGAUCAGAUAUUCGAAGAGGAUCUGGCCGCUAGGAUUAAAGCAAGGUAUCCGGAGCGAAUCAUCAACGCCCCUACAGGGCCUACGGGCGUGAACCACCCACAGCACUGAACGUUACAGUUGAAUAACAAUGCGGAAAGGACUUUGUAAAUAUAAUUCUUGGGUUUUGGGUUUUGGGGGCUGCUUUCUCUGUAUAGGUACUCGCUGCAUGUGAAUAUCAACACGUCUGAUGC